AUGCUUUGUCGAGCUACCAAAACAGUUUCAGCAGUGUCUCGACGAGCACUAGCGGCAGCUGUGUUAACAGUGCCUACAAGAGCUGAACAUACAUUACCUGGCCUUGAUUAUGACUAUGGUGCAUUGGAACCACAUAUAUCUGCUGAAAUCAUGCAAAUUCAUCAUUCUAAACAUCAUGCUACUUAUGUGAAUAAUCUUAACAUUGCUGAGGAGAAAUAUGCUGAAGCACAAGCUAAGGGUACAGCUAGACUGCAGUUUAACUUCUGUGGUUUAGCAAACACCAGUGUGUUCCAGACAGUAAGUAGUCUGCAGACUGUGGGCUUGCCUAUGUUAAAAAAAGAAAUAAUAAUGGUUAGGAUUACCACCAAAACAUGUACCUUAGCCUUACAAGCAGCUGCAUUUACCAGCUGGACAGCGACACACUGGUGUCUCCUAAACUGCAGUUGUACCAUUUAGUCAAUUGUCUUCUUUAAUGUUCAGUUGCAAUAUGGUACUUGA